AUGGAUAUCAAGAAAGGAAAGCGUCUGAGUACUGCACUUCAGGUUAACAAUUUCAAAUCAUCCUUGAAGAACUUUGAAAAAUUAAUUGAACGUACAGCAGCUCAGAAAAGAGAUGAAAGAGCAGGCUUAUUUACUCAAAGAGAAGAUGUAAUUGACUAUGACAAGUUUUAUGGAGCGGUGAAGGAACUCUUUGGUCCAGAAGUGAAAAAUCAAGAUGUGAAAUGCUUUUAUAGAAAACUCUGCAACAACCCUGAUGCUUCUGUCGACUGGUGUGAGAUCUUUGGAUACUUCUCCGAAGAAGAUUCUCUUACUUCUCAGAUGGAUGAAGAAAAUUUGAUUUUCCUUGUUUCUAGAAAACAGCGAAUUGUAAUUUCAGGUAGUAGAAGACGGGAUGUGAUUAAGUGCAUUGUCAAGAUUCCUCAGCUGGAUUUACUAAUAACAGCUUCUCAGAAGGGGUUAAUAACAGUCUUUAAUAACCAGAUGAAAGUUCAGUCCAGCACCAAUGUUACAGACACCUCUUGGAUUACAGGAUGUGAUUACCUCUCUCAGCUGAAACGAAUUGUUGCCACGACAGAGCGGACUAUUAUUGUUUGGGAUUAUAAAUCUCAAGGGAGCAGCCAGGAGAACUAUUUUGUCAUAAAGCCUGUGGAUCACUGCCUUCUCUGCGUGUGUGUCGCAUCUCUGCCCGAUCAGCUCUGCAGAGAUGACAUCCUUUUGGGGGAUGAUGGUGGUUUUGUGAACAGAUUCACAGUCAACAGUGAUGACUUUGGACUUAAGCAGGCAAAAUCAAAAAAGAAUUCGCAAAAUCAAGUUUUAGAUUCAAAGAACUUUAAAAGUGUUAAGAGGAAACUACAUAAUGACUGGGUUGUGAAAAUCAGAUAUAUUUCAGCUUUAAAAUGCUUUGGCUCUUGCUCCAUAGAUAGUGUCCAUUCAUUAGUUUUGGAAUCUUUGAAGAGACUUGAGGAUAAUUUGCCUGUCAGAGAGUUUUCCAUGCCAAGAGGAGCAAACAGUUUCUGUUAUUGUACAAAAGCAAAUGUCAUUGUCACUGGAGGGGAUGACAAAGUGCUCCGUUUGUGGCACCCCAAUAUCAGCACCAAGCCUGUUGGGAAACUGGUGGGCCACAUGUUCAGUAUCACUGAGAUUGUAACCAAUGAGAAAGAUCAACAUGUGAUCAGUCUUUCUUCUGCAAAGGUUUUCAGGGUUUGGGAUAUACAGACUCUUUCAUUACUACAAGUCUUCCACGAUAGCCAGGGAGGACCCGGAGACAUGCAGAUCUAUUCCAUGAUUUAUGAUUUCAACCGCAGCAUGCUGAUUACAGGAUCUAGUGUUAUUGACAUGUAUCCUUUGACAAGGAUGAUACAAGAUACAAAACAGAUUCCUCAUACUCAUGACCGAGAACUCAAUGUUAUGCUUUACAACAAAUAUUUUCACCAAGUACUUACUAUCUGCUCUGAAUCUGUAAUUAAGGUCUGGGACCUUGACACUGGCCUCCAAAUUUACCAGAUUUUAGACCCUCAUGGAUUCAAUAUUGAACUGACUUCCGCAGCUAUUGAUGAAACUGGAUUUCUUUUUGCCACAGGAGCCUAUAAUGGAACAGUUAAAAUCUGGGACUUUGGCAGUGGACAAGAGAUGAAAUUUUUGCCAGAAGGAAAAGACUGGAAGGAAGAACACUGGCCAAAACGCCUGAUUUUCCUGAAGACUCAGGAAAAACACCAGCACUUCAUUCUGACUUUGGAGUGCAAUGGGAAAAUCAAAAUGAUCCAGGGUAAGGAAGAUGAUAUUUACCUUGUGGUGAUAUGGGAGCUGCCUGAUAUUGUGCCCGUUCUCCAACACGGGAGUCGCAUCGUGCACUUGAAGAAGUCUGCUAAAAACACAAAUAUGACUAUUCCAGAUGUCGAGUUGAUCAUCGAUAAAACCUUUACUCAACCUGUUAAUAACUCAGGCAGCAGUGUGGAAGUGAGCUGCAUUGAUUUAUUGCAAGUGGAAGGCUAUAAUCUGAUAGCUGCUGGAACCUUAAAUGGUGUGAUUAUAUUAUGGAAUUUUGUAACAUCUACUGUCAAAGAAGUGCACAGACCUGAAGAAGGCACCUCAAAGGACCCGGACUUGGAAUCUAAACACUUUAGAAUUAAUGACAUACUGUUCCUGUUCCGUACUCCUGAAUGCGCAAGGAGAUCAAGCCAGGAUUCCAUAUGCUCUUCAUCCCACUGUGAGUCAAGUAAGGGCGCGCAGAGUAGUAAGGGAAGCAAACAAAGCGUACAUGACAGUGAGGUUAAAGAUGAGAAAACAGAUGUUACAGUGAGACAUCGACAGCCAGUGGACAAAAAGCAUCCUGCAGGCAGCAACUUAGCAGAAACUCAGCCACCGAUUAUUGUCACUGCUCACGAGGACGGACACCUCCGCUUGUGGACCUUGGAGGGAAGGCUACUGAAAGAUAUGCUACCUUUCACCAAAUAUUCUGCCAUUUCUCUGACAUCACUGUAUACUGACUCAUGCACCAGGAUACUACUGGCUGGAAAUGUUGAAGGACAUGUUAUUCUUUGCAGUAUUAGUUCAUUCCUGGAUUCACCUCAUGAUGAAAAGAAAUUCAAGCAACUGCUCUCCUGGCGUGCUCAUUCUUUAGGAAUUAUUCAAGUCAUCUAUGUAGAAGAGAAACAAGUGGUGCUUACUGCUUCCAUUGAUGGCUCGGCAAGAGUCUGGCAUGCAGCCAAUGGUCACUACUGUGGAUAUUUUGGGCAGCGAAGAAUGUUUGACCUGUCCCAGACAAGUGAUUUAAUUUUGCCUUGCGAUGUUAAAGAAUAUUCUAUAGAAAUAAAGGAAGAAAACAAGUUCACAGAGAAGAAGCAAAAAUAUGAAUAUCCUCUGAUAUUUGACAGGAAAAGAUGGCAUAAAAUGAGUUCAAUGUCUUUGCUUUUCAAACGUACACCUGCCAAGCCCUUUCAAGUGGAGCAUGAUUUUAAGUUUUUCAAGUCUCUUUCUUCUCCCAAGAUUCGAAGACAUGCCUUGGAAGGUUUCAUGACUGAAAACAGAGAAGCGGGAAUUGUCUUUGGUUCUCUGCCUAUAUAUAGGGUACCAAGCCCCCCUAGUCUGAGGUACCUUCCACUAAUUGGUUCAGAAACACAAAAGGACUCUACCGAUGGCAUUCAAACAAAGAAGAAGGGAGGUCAUGUUCAACAUGAAAAGGCACAACGGAAGAAAAAUCUUAAGAAGAACUUAGUCCCACAAAUAAACUUGGCUUCUUCCUUCUUCCCGUUCACACCAAACUGA